AGAAAAUUGAAAGUGUGGCAUCUCAGCCCCAAAAAACGCCAUCGCACGCCCGCCCAAGAGCCCAGAUCAGCCCCACGAGCGGACCGAGGCCCGUCGCCAGCGAUUUGCAAGCGACCAGCCAAAAAACGCGGACGCCAGCGGCGUUUUAGUCGAUUUUGGCGCCUUGGCGCGAGAGCCCAGCCCAGCCCCUAGGCGCGGCGCGCGGCGCAUACAGCUCAUGGACCCCGCCCGCCGCCCCGCCGGCGCGCCGGACGUCAAACCGGAGCCCGCCGCGGCGCCGCCGCAAGCCGGCGACGACGCGGACCCGUCCAGCCAGUUCGCCAAGGACGGCUACAUCAAGUUCGCCUCGCCGCGCCGGCCCCUCGAGGCCAUCGCCGAGGCCGCCGCGUCGCCGCCGCCCAAGCGCGGCGGCCCGCGCACGAAAACCGAGGGCGACAGCCCGUUCGCCGGCCUCGCCGCGGCCGUCUCGUUCUGCGGCGGCUCGGGCCCGGCGACGCCGGGCGGCGUCGACUGGGCCGGGCUCUUGGCGCGAGGCACGCCGACGCCGACGCGCGGCGAGCCCAAGCGGCGGACGCCGCCGAAGCACGUCCGGACGCCCGGGAGACAGCGCGACGAUUUGAGAUUGGACUUCUGCCUGUCUCCGCUCGACGCGCGGAGCCCGCCCCACUCGUCGCGACGGGCGCCGUCGUCGGAGGCGACGAUGACCGAUUUACUGCCCGUGCAACCGCGGCGCGUCGACGACGAAUUGUUAUUAGACCACACGGCGGCGCGGACGCUCAUGGAGGUGGCGGCGUCGCCGGCGCGCGUCGCGCGGUCGCCCGUCCGGUCGGGCGACGCGCCGCCCGUGCCGUCGUCCUUCCGCGCGCGCGGCUACCGGCGCCCCUCGCGCGGCGCUGCCAAACAAGUCAUGCCGCCGACGCCCGGCGGCGUUCAACAACUGGGGCCGCCCGUCCAGUCGACGCCCUCGCCGAACAUGCAGCCGCAGUCGCGGCGGAAAAGAGGAAGGGAGGGCAAGGCGUUGGCCUCGACGUCCUUCAAGCCGUGCAACUGCAAGAAGUCGAAGUGCCUCAAACUGUACUGCGAGUGCUACGCCGCCGGCGUCUUCUGCCGGGACUGCAACUGCCUCGACUGCCUCAACAAGACGGACGAGCCGCUGCCCGUGAGCCCGUACCCGGCGUCGGACCCGCGCGGCCGCGUGCGCCACACGGACGUCGAGGCCGCGCCCGAGGUCAUCAGACAUUCGGCCCAGAAGCGCAAGCCCCAGUCGAAGCAGCGGCAGGAGAGCGGCUGCUUCUGCAAAAAAUCCAGAUGCCUCAAGAAGUACUGCGAGUGCUUCGAACGGGGCGAGCUCUGCGAGGCGUCGUGCCGCUGCGAGAACUGCCAGAACUACCCCGGGAGCGAGGAGCUGGCCGCGGCGCGGGCGUCGCGCGGCCGCGGCUCGAAAUCUAGAAGGGUCUCGACGUCGUCGGCGCAAAAGCCCGCGCGCGUGACCGUCACGCCGGACCAGGCCCUGCCGCCGCUACCGACGAACGAGCAGGCGUCCAGACUCGCCGCGGCGCGCGCCGUCGUGCGGGCCAAGCGCUCGGCCGCGGAAGCGCUGACCGCGGCCGCGGCGCACGACCCCCUCCCCAAAAAGAAGAAGGCCAAGACGCCGGCCCAGCGCCAGGCGUCCGAGGCCCAGGCCGCGCUGCGGAGCGCCACCGGCGCCGUCGCCGCGGCGAAGAAGGCCUUCGCCGCCGACGCGCACGCGGCCUUCGUCCAGCGCCAGGCCGCGCUCGAGGCGGGCCCGGGCGCGCUGGGCCUGGCCCGGCCGGCGGUCCUGCGGGCCUUCGACGCGCUGCCGUCCGAGGACCUCUACGGGGCGUGCCUCGUGUCGCGGCGGUGGAACGGCCUCGCGCUGGACCGGUACCUCUGGGGCUUCUUCUAGGUCGCUGCUUGCUGCUUGGUUCGGCCUAACGACAUAGUCCAGU